AUGCAGCGCCGUGAGAUCGAGUACCGCAAGCGCAAGAUCGAGCUCAUGGAAAAGGCGCUCGCCGGCGCCGAUGUUGCAGAAGCCCCACAGACACAGGCGAUCGAAGCAGCGACCAAGAUGGACUUUUGUGCGACGUGCAGCCUGGAGCCGCCGCUGCGGUCCUAUCACUGCCCCUUCUGCAACCGAUGCGUUGCGACCUUCGACCACCACUGCUUCUUCAUUGGCACAUGCAUUGGCGAGCGCAACCACUGCCGUUUCUAUUGGUUCAUCCUUCUGUCGUGCAUGGAAGUCUCGACCUGCCUCGGCAUCAUUCACUCGAGCUUUCACACGGAGGCCACGCUGCAGCUCUGGCUGCGCACCAACGGCAUGGCCCUCACCGCAGCCAUGUUCUUUUGGGUACUCGUUCUCUUCUUUUGA